AUGGUGUUUGGGCGGAAGACGAACAAGUCGCGCAAGGCGGCGGGCAAGGCGGGCAAGGCGGUCAAGUCGGGCAAGGCGGGCAAGUCGGGCAAGGCUGCAGGCAAGUCGCGCAAGGCUGCAGGCAAGUCGGCGGGCAAGUCGCGCAAGUCGGGUAAUGCGGCGGGCAAGUCGCGCAAGGCUGCAGGCAAGACACACAGAAGGGAGAAGGAGCUGGAGGAGAGCGGCAAGGUGGUGGUCAAGUCGCGCGAAUCGGUCAAGCACAUCCAGCGGCUGAACAAGGCGCGGAUUGCCGGCGACAUGCACGCGGCCGAGAAGCACCUCGUUCGUGCCAUCAAGGCCGAGCCCGAGCCAAAUGCUGUCCUGCUGAACGAGCUCGGCGUGGUGCGGAUGGAGCGCGGCGCGUACGGCGACGCGUACGACGCCUUUACCGACGCCAUCCAGAUCAAUCCGGCCGACUUUAUCAUCUACAAAAACAGGGCCUUUACCGAGCUCGCCCUCAACCAAAACACCGCUGCGCUUCACGACUUUGACACUGCCAUCGAGCUGGUGUGCCUCGACAAGCGCCGCGCCACCCGUGCCUACUAUCGCGAGCUUGGCGACGGUCGCCGCGAGGCUCUGCGUCGGGCUCAUGCUCACUGGCAAGAGUCAGACUCGUCAUGA